UUUUUUUUUUUUUUAUCGCGCGUUUCCCGGAUAUGCGAUGCGAAAUCUGGUUGCACGGUAAAAGUCCAUCGGGCUAAAACGGCCGAAGGGUUCGAUGGAGUGACUACGGGGAAGAGGAUGAAUAAAAUAAAAAUCCGCCUAGUCUUUCGGGAUUCCCGCGGUGCACAUGAUCGUAGAUGUAUAAAAAGGUGUUGUGCCGAGUUUCUUCUCUCCGGUCAUUUUUCAACCGCUCCGCAGAAUAAUAACACGAUGUCGAUAAGUACCUCAUUCGUAUGCGGUCUGAAAAAAUUCCGCGUUUAUUUAUUUUUACGAUCCAGUAACACCGAAACAGCGACCGUGCGGGCGCGCGAAGGAGAACCGCGAUAACAUCUCGACUGAAGGGGUUUGUUUUCACGGAAAAAUCUCAUCUGCACUGGUAAUAUCGUGGUGUACUCCCGUGUAUCCAUCAGCAGCACAUCCACAUCGUAGUCUCUACCACGUACCGAGUCAACCAGGUCGUCAUGUCGUCGCAACAGCAGUACGAGCCACCGGCGUUCGACUCGAACUGCAUGACGCUCACGCGGUUCGUGCUGGCCGAACAGAAGAAGGUGCCAUCGGCCACCGGCGACCUGACGCAACUGUUGACCAGCAUCCAGACGGCCGUCAAGGCAGUCAGCUCGGCCGUGCGCAGGGCCGGACUGGCCCAUCUGUACGGCAUGGCUGGAUCCACGAACGUGCAAGGCGAAGACGUCAAGAAGUUAGACGUGCUCAGCAACGAACUGUUCGUCAACAUGUUGGCGUCGUCUUACACCGUCCACAUGAUGGUCAGCGAAGAGAACGAGACUGUGAUAGAGAUCGAGACUGAGAAACGGGGCAAAUACAUCGUAUGUUUCGAUCCGCUGGACGGGUCGUCGAACAUCGACUGUCUCGUAUCCAUCGGUUCCAUUUUCGGUAUAUUCAGGAAAACCGACGAGAGCAUCGAAACGAACGUCAAAAACGCGUUCCAAAAGGGCAGGAACAUGGUGGCCGCGGGCUACGCGCUCUACGGCAGUGCCACGAUGAUGGUGUUGUCGUUGGGCAAAGGGAGCGGCGUCAACGGGUUCAUGUUGGAUCCGGCUAUAGGGGAAUUUUUACUGACUGAACGUAACAUCAAAAUACCCAGCAAAGGAAACAUUUACAGCAUAAACGAAGGGUAUUCGCAUCUGUGGGACGAGACCGUGACAGAGUAUGUCAGAAGAAAAAAAGACCCAAAGUGGGGUAAGCCGUUUGGUGCUAGAUAUGUUGGUUCAAUGGUGGCAGAUGUACACCGCACAUUGAAGUAUGGAGGCAUAUUUAUGUACCCAGCAACAAAACAAUCACCAAAUGGCAAGUUACGUCUACUGUACGAAGGUAACCCAAUGGCCUACAUCAUUGAAGAGGCAGGUGGUGUAGCGAGUAAUGGCAAGAUACCCAUAUUGGACAUACAGCCAACAGCUUUGCAUCAGAGAAGUCCGAUAUUUUUAGGCUCCAAAGACGAUGUCAAUGAAUUGUUGGAAAUGUUUAAAAAAUAAUCUUUAUAAUAUAUAUAUAUUUUUUAAAUAAAUUUAUCAUACAAAAGAAUUAAUUAGUGUAAUAAUGAUGUGAUUUUAUGAAGUAUAAUAAAAAUGUAUUUUCAAAC